CUGGAGAAUGGGGGAGAGCAACUCCAGACUUUCUGGACUUUCUGUGGAUGCUUUCGCUGCCUUGAAUGAAUCGACGAGAUUGGAACUCUGGCUAGGAUAGCCUCAUGUUUUUGUCACCACCGUGCUUUACCUGAUACGCGACAUUCGCUGUGAUUUCUGUCCAAAAACACAAUCCUUCCCCUGAGGACUGUUAUGGCACUUUGAUCAGCCGUCUAUGCUUCACGUGGAGUGCCAUCUCGAUUGUCGAUAACUAUGCCCCUUACCUCAUCUCAACCAGCUGUCAGUGAAAGACCUCGCAGAAAGCGAAAUGUCGUCUCGCGUGGUCGAACAGGCUGCCUUACCUGCCGGAGGAGAAGGUUGAAAUGCGACGAGACAAAGCCUGGGUGCAACAAUUGUAGGCGCGUGAACUUGCCAUGCGAAGGCUAUGCGCAGAGAAUUACCUUCAAAGACCAGACGAAUUUCAUUGUCGAACGGGCGCAGGGAAAACCUCCCAAAAGAAAAGGCCAAACAGAAUCAACUUUGAUAAAAGACGAGACGGACGAACCGGAUCAUUCGUUCAAUACCAUCUCUGACUCGUGUCAACACUCUUCGCCAGUGCUCAAGAGACUACCUACUCCGACCUCGCAAUCUCCCGAAUUUCACAUUGUGCAAACAACACCUCUAGACUUCAGAAGGGAAGAUUUCGAUGGGGCGUGUCCAGGCACAUCAAAUACUACUGUAGCCUCGGACUCCAUCUCGAAGAAACGGGAACUUCGUACUCCAAUACGAUUCAGUGGCAGGAACCUCUCCCCGGCUUCCGAUCGGGAUACGUUUUCAUCCUUGGAGAAGUCAAGUACUAUUGACAGAGGCUAUAUGACACCAUGCUCUCCUGAAUCUAUGGAUAUUAAGCUUUCUCCCAGCCGGGUGGUUCCAAAUUCCUUUCUCGCUCUUACCGGGGCUUUUGAGUUCCCGGAAGACUAUAGGUACUACGAAUACUCUGUAGGGGGCAGCUUUUCGAGUUUAUCUAGAAUACUACCUCUAUCGGAACUAUUCAAAGCAGAUCCUGUUUCUCCCCAUGUCCAUAAUGCCGCUUUGGCUUUAUCAGCUCUUACCCUGUCUAGUUUUGAACCUCACGCCAGAGGAUCUGUGCCUCUUCGCCGUCACGCAUUCCACCACAGUCUGAAAGCCGUGCAAGGUUUACAGAAUGAACUUUCCCGUACAACCCAGUCUCAAACAAUGAGCGAGUCUUUAAGCACCGAUGCAGCUCUAUCGUUAUUUACUACCACUAUGCUUUUAGCAAAUUUUGAACUCCAGCGAGGCUGUCUACUAUCAUGGCGCUCUCAUAUGCAUGGUGCUGCUAUAUGCCUCAAUUCCGGAUUCAAGACAAUAGUCAAAACAUCUGCAGGGAUGCUACUUAUUAGGGCUUUUGCGAGAAUGGCGCUUCUGUUGCGCUUGUACAACGAAGAAUAUUCUGUAACCACGCAAGAUACCAUGUCCCCGAAGCUAGCGGAUUGGCUGAAUCUCCUUCUGAAGCAAUCUUCAAAUUUACACGACAGGAUAUUGUUGAUGGUAGAAGAAAUCACGAGGCUCGAGAUUCAAAAGCGUCAGUAUCCGUCACAAGAUGAGUUUUGGUCGCAACAGAGCGCCGAGCUUCUCGUAAGGCUCGAGGAAUGGCGGCAGGAUCUGCCCGAUUCGGAAGUUCCUGUCGAAGACAACUCCAUCGAAGCCUACUUGACCAUCUCUGCUCCUAAUCAGGAAUCUUUGGUCCGUGUUCCUGCGCUUUCAUUUCCUAAUUCGGCAGACCCCUGUGCUGCCGCCGUCAACUACGCCACAUACAUCUGUACGGGAAUGCGAGCGCGUACUCGUUACCUACCAGAUGAAGGACGGGUACUACCGCCCGGCGUGGAGCAAACGGCUCUCACAAUUUGCCGUAUUGCAGCAGGUAUCCCACCGGCGCGAUUUGGAGAGUCCUUCACCUACAGCCAUGGCAUGCUGCCCCCAGUCGUGGGAGCUUACCGGUGGUCAACCAACCCCGGCCUCCGCAUCUGGGUCAAACAUUGGCUGGCAGGCUACAAGGGAACCCGUGAGGGCAUAUGGAAUAUAAGCCAAACCCUAAAACUUCUCGCAACAAUGGACCGUCAAUUCUCAAAUGAGGGCCUUUCAUCGGGUCGGGGAUUUGUCGCUGUUCGAAUGGUCGACGAACUAACAGAUCCAUCGGCAGAUCUGGUAGAAACGGACGGGAAAAAACCCUUCAAGAUCCGAUUAUACUCGAGGGAUCAACAAGAGGGUCUUUCGAAAAAGCUCGUCGAUGUGGAGUAGGUGACGAUAUCUUCGUCUUUGCUUUUUCUGGGAUGAAAUGGAGGCAAUGAGGUGGGGAAGCUUGAACGAUUUGAUUUCGUUCCUUGACGACCUUUUAUGAAUGACGGGUUAUGGGUUUGCCCGAUUAAAGAUAGAUAAGCAUACCUGGGCAAAAUUGGGCUUGGUGUAUCAUCACACUUGGAUAUAACUGGGGUCUCAUGCAUUUUUGGAUUACAGACAUUUUAAUGUAAAACGGGGUCUUGAUGCCACCCAGCUUCAUCUUCCUGUAUGGG